UUUUGGGAGCUUCUUUGGUUGCUUCUAUUACAAACAUGUUGUACAUACCAAAAUUCUAAAACAUGGUAAAUUUUCUAAUUUGUUAAGUGUCUCAAUCUCUUCAUCUCUUUCUUUACAUAUCAAAAAAAAAUAGUAACAAUUAUCUGAAAUUUUUUGUUGACUAGUUGUCUCUUCACUAGUAAAAUUACCCGCAAUAAUGGAGGAGAAAUGAAAGAACGAUAAAGUUUUGAUUUUUAAGAGUGGUAAAAAAGGCUGCUAUGGAUUUUUGGAGAAAACGGCUUCCGUACAAGCUGUAGUACUCUGCCUUGCUGAUGACAAAUUUCAACGACGAUGAUAUUGAUUUAGGACUUGCUCUAGGUUGCACCACUCGUAAUAAUGUUCAGACAAAGCCAAAAGAUGAUUCAUCAGGUGCAGGUGUAAAUGCAAGCUCAACGGUGGAUAUGGCAUUUGCAGCAUCUGAUCCCCUAUCUGAAUUAGUUUGGUCCCCUCGCAAAGGUUUGAGCCUCAAAUGUGCUGAUAGUAGCUUAGCUGACAAAAAACCUUUUCUUCUGUGGAAUGUGGGACCAAGUAAUUUGAUCGGUUCACCAUCACAAAGUGACAGAUUUUUAAAGGGGACUUAUGAUGAAAAUGCUGCUUAUGAGAAAAUAAUCGACUCUCAUGAAAUGUUUCGGACCAGUGUAAUGGGGGGAUCAAAAAGUGGAAAUGAAGUUGUUAAGUUAGAAACUAAUCAAGAUGAGCAAAAUGUGAAGAAUACUGAGAAGGGCUUUUGCAUUACUCAAGAUAUCACUCACACAGUUGAAAGUUGUGAAAAUCAUGCAGGUAAGGGAGAGUUUGGAACAGAGAGAUCUCUGCUACACCAAGCCAGUUCCAAGGUUGAUAUGGAAACUACCGAACCUCUAGCAGGGAAAAUUAAUCAAGAAAUGUCGACUAGUGACAAGUGUAGAAAGGGAGAAGCUCUAAUUCCUGCUGUCAAAGACUCUGAGCCCCUUGCGUGUCUGCUUCCAAACUCACAGACCGAAAAGGAAGCAGACAAAACAUUAGAAUCUACCGCUCUGCCAGGACUGGAGAAACUGGAGUGCACAGCUGAGAAUGAUAUGCAUCUUCGAGGGAUUAACGAGACUUGUGAUCAGAACAAGGAGCAACUUCUUAGGGACGGUUCUGCUCCACCUGAAACUUCUCCAACACAUAGCAGGUCCUCAUCAUAUAGAAGGAAAGGCAAAGGAAAAGCAUUAUCAGACGGAAAUGACAAUAGCAAAAUGUCAAAUGAUGAGGAGAAUAGCCAUGAGAGUGUAGAAAGCUGCAACAGUACAAGGUUAAUCCCGAAGGGUACUAAGCGUUGGCACUUUGAGCAGCAGUUUUUUGUUGGAAGUAAAAGAAUCAGGACGGAUAUGCGUGGAGAUACUGCUACAGAAUCGACAGUUGAACGUAAUAAUAGCUCUUUCAUGACUUGGAUUUCAAACAUGGUAAAGGGAUUCCCUAAAUCCAAUCUCGAAGAGUCUCCUACUCUUGCUCUCACCUUUACUCCUAAUAAUGAGGAAAAUCAUGGAAAGGGGAAGACUAAUCAUCAGGAAAUUGUUAUGUAUGACAAAAAUCAUGAUUCCAAUAGCAAGUCUAUUGGUUUCCAAUCUGUAUUUCAGUCGCUAUACUGCCCAACCUUGAAGGUGUCUGAAACAGAAAUACCGAAAGAGGAUCAUCCGUCAGCUGACAAAGUCCUCAUCAAUGUUCCUCCAAUAUCCUGUCAUCGGGGAGACGAUAUGUCAGAUUCACACAUGCUAAUGUCUAAUGACAAAUUCAAUCAAUCUACAGUGGCUCGCAAAGAGAUGCUACCGAUGCAAACUCAGAUUAUGCCUCCAGUUGUUUCUCCUCAGGAGGCUAGUAGGACCACUUCAGCAGAAAACAAAGCUUCUAGUGACAUGUCCAAUAGAAAUCAGUCUCUUCGUAGCCUGUGGAUUACUAGAUUCUCCAACAAAACUCCCGGAAGUACUGUUCUGAACAUAGAUAAUUCCAAGCCAACUACACAUGAAACAUUAACAAGUGUGGAGUGUCGGAUCGAACAGGCAAGCUCUGAAGCAAAGGAGACUUCAGCUGGUGACCAAGAUAGUGAUGCGGCAGCCAGCUCGAAAGAGAUGGAUGACAAUAAUUAUGAAAGGUCGAUGAAUAAUCUGCAUCGUAUUAUACCUUCUGCCAAAUUCAAGAAGUCAGAAGCACUGGCCUCUCUGUUUGCUAGGAGAUUGGAUGCCCUUAAACACAUAAUACCUUCUUCAACAAGAAAUGAGUAUAGUUACACAAGAACAACUUGUUUCUUCUGUGGCAGAAGUGGCCAUGACUUGCGCAACUGUUCAGAGGUGACAGAAUCUGAGUUGGAAGUUCUUAUUAGAAGCAUCGGAUCUUAUGAUGGCGCUGAGGAAUCUUCUUGUUUGUGCAUUAGAUGUUUUCAACUAGAUCACUGGGCUAUUUCCUGCCCAACUUCAUCUUCAAACAGGUCACAGCAGUUAGAACACAACGUUUCUCCUGUUAAUCGGAACAGGAAUGAAUGUUUGCCUAGCCUUCUUGAAAUAAAGCAAGGCCAUCCCAUUGAACUUGCUAAUAGUGACCUAAUGCACAACAGAAAGCAGUUUUGGUUUGCAAUAACUUCUGGUUCCAAUCAAGUUCAGAAGCAGAGAACUUCUGAUCCUACCGAGAACAGUUUGAAAGAAAAUAUAAUUUCUUCCAAUCUUGUUAGUAAGGAGAUAACAGAUGUUCCAAAAGGAAUUUUUGAUGUCAUCAGAGGUCUUCGGUUUUCUCGUGUGGACAUUCUCAAAUGGAUGAACUCCAACACUUCACUAUCGCAUUUGGAUGGGUUUUUCUUGCGCUUGAGACUAGGGAAGUGGGAAGCAGGGCUAGGAGGUACAGGAUAUCAUGUUGCAUGCAUAACUGGUCUAAAAGGAGAAAAAAUAGAGAGAGAUUCCAAGAACUGCAUAUAUGUUAAUGUCUGUGGAGUCAAAUGCUUUGUGGAAAGCCAGUAUAUCUCCAACCAAGACUUUUUGGAGGAUGAACUAACUACUUGGUGGAGCAAAUCUUUGGAGAGUGGUGGGGAGGUUCCUACGGAAGGCGAUUUAAGACUCAAACUUGAGGAGCGUAUGAAACUACGGUUCUAAAAAACUCAUCACAACACACACUAGUCCCGAGUUUGGUUUGUCCAAAGUGUCAAAACCAGACCAAGAAAUGAGCUAUUCCACCAUCUUGUAAAUAAGAUUUUGGGUGCUAUUUCACAAAUUCUUUGUUUCUUUUUAUUUUUGGUGUUCUAUAGACAUCUGAGAUUGAGAGUUCUUUUUAGUGAUCAUCUGGUGUAUAUAGAUGAAUGUGUUAGCUUUGAAAUGUUAAAUAAUAUGAGAAAUAUUGUUUGAAGAAAAAAGAAAGAUUGCUGUUGAUAAAGAAACAUUUUACAUUA